UUCAGUAGCAGAAAUAUCACUUCAGCUCAGUUUCAGAUGACAGCUGGAGGGGCAGAAGCAGUUGGGGAUCUUUCUAGUGGAAAAUUAUCUGCAGCUGCUUUGUACGAGGGGAACUUGAAAGGAAAAAAUGACCCAGUCGUAUAGCAGACUUCAUGAUGGUUAUGUUUCAAACAAAAGGAGGUCGACCAGCUGUGUGGUGUUAGCUGUGGCUCUGGGCUGUCUGACAGUCCUGGGGAUCCUGCUCGCCAUCGUUGUGUUGAAAAGACCACCGCCCCCCAAAGAUCAUGAGACACUUCCUCAGGAACCUGGUGGGAGCAUGGACCAGUGCAGCAUGGCACUGGUGGAGAGCAUCCCUCAAUAUGUGAAGUAUGCAGCCAAUGUAACGCUUGGGAUCCCUCUGGAAAAGGUCUGGAAAGAUCUUAUCUCCAUGGCAACGGACCAAGUGGAUGUGUCCUCUUUCUACUGGACUUUAACUGGGGAGGACAUUAACGUUCACACUGCCUCUGACAUACCUGGACGGGACAUCCUGAAAGAACUUCAAGACCUGCCCUCCAGGAAUGUAACCGUCCGAGUGGUGACCAGUGUUCCCACCGUUAGAAAUAACUCCACAGAUUUAAAGAUCUUAAAAGAGAAAGGAGUCCAGGUGAGGGAGGUGAACUUUGGGCGCCUCACAAGGGGCGUCCUCCACAGCAAGUUCUGGAUUGUUGACAGAAAACACGUGUUUAUUGGAAGCGCAAACAUGGACUGGAGGGCUCUUACACAGGUGAAGGAACUGGGAGUAGUCAUCUACAAUUGCUCCAGUUUAGCAAAGGACCUGCAUAAGAUUUUCCAGUCCUACUGGGUGAUGGGACAGUCGAACAGCUCCCUGCCACAGCCCUGGCCUGCAAAGUAUGACACUGCCAUAAACAACCAUCACCCCCUGCUGGUGAAAACUGAUAAUGUCUCCAGCAGGCUGUACCUGACAGGUUCUCCACCAUCAUUCUGUCCUCCAUCGAGGACUCAGGACCUGGAGGCUAUUCUCUCCAUCAUCUCAGAGGCCCGAUACUAUGUCGAUGUAGCCGUCAUGGACUACUUCCCCACCACACGAUUUGAGAGGCCUCAGAGGUACUGGCCUUUCAUCGAUGACACCAUCAGGACGGCCGCAUUCGAGAGGAAGGUUAAGAUGCGGAUGCUGAUCAGCUGUGGGCGGGACUCUGAUCCAGCUAUGCUGCCCUUCCUGCAGUCUCUAGCCUCAAUGGAUAGCCCUCACCAGAAUAUCAGCAUCCAGAUAAAAAUGUACAUUGUGCCUGUGGGAAACCAGUCUGAUUUUCCAUAUACCAGAGUCAACCAUAAUAAAUACAUGGUGACUGAUCAAGUAGCCUACAUCGGUACCUCCAAUUGGUCAGGGGACUACUUUCUGACCACAGCUGGAGUGGGUCUAGUGAUUUCCCAGCAAGCUCCUCACCCGAUAUGGAAGACCAAGGCCCUGCAGGGUCAGCUCAGAGCAGUCUUUGAAAGAGACUGGAACUCUGAGUUUGCUGUGAACCUUGCUGACCUGGGGCAUCACCCAGACUGUGCACUAUCAUGAUGACACAAACUCUUUUUAUAAAAGUUACACAUACAUAUAUUUAACCAUUAUGUUUAUGUUGCUGUUUUUAUAUUAUCUUUGUCCAAAUCAGCAGUUUUGGUGGAUUUUUCCAUGUUAUGAAUGCGAAAAACAAUAUAAAUCAUAUUCUUUAAAGUGAAUGUGCGCUGAAGUGAGGUUAAAGUGGAUAUUUUUUAUAAAUGAAGCCUUGACAUCAAUAGUUAAAGCAUGGGGGCGGCAACCUUUUUGAUAUGGAGUGGCUUUUUCUUAUCAGGUGUACCAAGUGAGUACUAGCCGAUCAGAAGCAGAGUAGGGCGGGUCUUUGCGGAAUGUGGGUGGGAAAAAUAUCUGUCCAGCUAACGUAAAUUACUGGCUGCGUAACUACCAAAGGCUGUGAAAGAAGUAUUUUGGGAGAGGGCACUUAAACUUUUCCAAAAAACUCUCUUGCACACUUAUUGCUAGUGUGCCAUUAGUUAAGCUACCAUAAGGCUGCCUACCCCUGGUAUAAGCUAUACCAGCUGUAAUGCAUCUGUACCUAGAAAUGUUUUAUUGAGUUAUCAUUUAUGUGGUGGGUGUUUAGUGUUUAUAUACUGUAUAGUUAUUAAAUAUAUAUGGUUAAUAUACUUUAUAAUGUCAUCCAAACUCUAUUGCAUUGAUUUUGACAUUGUCCUCAUACAGCUUGGGUAAAGCAAUUACAAGAUUUCAUAACCGAUGAUAUAGUCUCCAACUUUAAGAUUUGUUACAAAAUUCACCAUUUGGUUUGUUCAUUUUUUAUAUAGAAAAAUAAGCAAUAUAAAAUGUACAUUGGCACAAUCUCCUUAGCAAACAUCGAGAAAGCUGCUAAAAUGAUUGAUAUGUGCUCCCUUUUUGCUGCUGUAAAGACAUUGAAAAGACAUGAUUUCUUUUCUGAUGAAGCCCGUCUUGUUUCUCUAAAUAAAGUUGGAAUUAAUAAAACAA